AUGUUUUCUUGUGUGAGUGAAAAGUGAAAACCCCAUAAACCCUAAAACCUGGCGAUUCUGAACGAUCAUGUUUUCUUCUGGAAAGAAGAAGAGCAACGCGAGCUCUUGGAGAGAGCAAGGUCACGGUCCCACACCGCUGGAUUCUCCGAUCACUCCUCUUCGAACCUCCGUCAUCGGAAACGCCAUCCCUAACCGCCCAAGCACCGGAACACCCGCUCCUUGGGCUCCUCGCUUAUCUGUCCUUGCCAGGGUUCGAAGUGGAAAAGGUGACAAUACAGAUCCAAUUAAACCUGUUUUUGUUGCGGAGUUUCCUCAAGUGGUUCGUGAUGAGCAAGCCACGUUGCUGCAUAAACGAGUUCCUGUUGAAUAUUGCGCGUCUGGUGGGAUCGACAAGAGUACAUCCCUUGCUUGGAUUAUUUGUGGAAACAGGGUCUAUCUUUGGAGUUACUUGUCUCCUGUGUCUUCUACGAAAUGUGUUGUUCUUGAAAUUCCUUUGAACGAUGGAGACAUUGGCGAAAAUGAUGUUGUUGGUAAUUGGUUGUUUUGUGUGGUUAAUUGUGAUGCUGCGUCUGCGGGGACGAAUAAAGUUGCAAAACAUUGUAACUCUGUUGCUGUUGUUUUGUGUAAUCGAAAAACUCGGGCUGUUGUAUACUGGCCUGACAUCUAUUCUCAAUCACACAAUGCUCCGGUUACCAGUCUUGCUUCUUCUGAUGAGUUGGAGGCUAUUUUGACUCCUGAUGGGAAAACAUCAUCCUUCCACAGGCAGCGGCGGCAAAGUAAGCUGGGAAGUAGUUUGAAUGGAUUGCACACAUUUAACUCUUUGAUUGCUUCUGCAGUUCCUGGUUGUGAGUUUGUAUGCAUUGCCCUUGCAUGUAGCUCAAGUGGUGAACUUUGGCAGUUUCAGUGCGGUCCUUCUGGCAUUCGUCGAACGAAAGUAAAUGAAAAUAUUAUUCAUUUCCUUCCCCAAGGUGGUGAUUCAGGUCAACCCAUUAGCAAAAAAGGGUACCCGAGGUCGCUGACAUGGUGUUUUCCGCACCAUUCUUCUAAGGAGUCAAAUUGGCAAUUUUUGGUAUUGACUGACCAUGAGAUACAGUGUUUCAGGGUAGAGUUUGGUUCUGAUAUACAUGUUUCAAAGCUUUGGUCUCAGGAAAUUGUUGGAACAGAUGCUGAGGUUGGCAUUAAGAAGGAUUUGGCUGGUCAAAGGGGAAUCUGGCCUCUUGAUGUGCAGGUAGAUGAUCAUGGUAAAGUGAUUACCAUUCUUGUUGCAACCCUUUGUAAGGACCGGAUUAGCAGUUCAAGCUACUUGCAGUAUUCUCUUCUGACCAUGCAAUAUAAAUCAUGGUUGGGUGUAGAGACUACAAAUGACAGGAUUUUGGAGAAAAAAGCCCCGAUUGAGGUGAUAAUCCCUAAAGCUAGAGUUGAAGAUGAAGACUUCUUGUUUUCCAUGAGGCUUCGGAUAGGGGGGAAGCCUUCAGGAUCUACAGUCAUAAUAUCUGGGGAUGGAACAGCAACUGUCUCCCAUUAUUAUAGAAACUCUACACGACUCUAUCAAUUUGAUUUACCCUAUGAUGCUGGAAAAGUACUAGAUGCUUCAAUCCUUCCUUCUGCAGAUGAUUAUGAAGAAGGUGCAUGGGUUGUAUUAACAGAGAAAGCUGGAAUAUGGGCAAUACCCGAGAAGGCUGUCAUACUUGGAGGGGUUGAACCACCUGAGCGAAGCUUAUCUCGCAAAGGCAGCUCAAAUGAAAGAUCUGCACAAGAAGAGAUAAGAAAUCUUACGUUUGUAGGUAAUUUUGCUCCUAGAAGGGCUAGCUCUGAAGCAUGGGGUACUGGAGAUAAACAAAGGGCGGUUUUGAGUGGGAUUGCACGUCGAACUGCGCAAGAUGAAGAAUCAGAAGCUUUAUUGAAUCAUCUUUUCAAUGAAUUUUUAUCAUCUGGGCAAGUUGACAGGUCUCUUGAAAAGCUAGAAGCUUCAGGUUCAUUUGAAAGGGAUGGAGAAACCAAUGUUUGUGUGCGGAUGAGCAAAUCAAUCAUUGACACCUUAGCUAAACACUGGACAACAACUAGAGGUGCAGAGAUUUUGGCCAUGGCUGUUGUUUCCACCCAACUCUUGGAAAAACAGCAGAAGCAUCAACAGUUCCUUCACUUUCUUGCCUUAUCCAAAUGUCACGAGGAGCUGUGUUCUAGGCAGAGACAUGCAUUGCAAAUUAUCUUGGAGCAUGGGGAAAAGUUAUCUGCAAUGAUUCAGCUGAGGGAACUGCAAAAUAUGAUUAGCCAGAAUCGUUCAACUAGUGUUGCCUCCUCAAAUUCUAGUUUGGAUAUUCAGAUGUCAGGCGCCCUUUGGGACAUGAUACAAUUAGUUGGUGAGAGAGCUCGUCGGAAUACUGUCCUUCUGAUGGAUAGAGAUAACGCUGAAGUGUUCUACAGCAAGGUUUCAGAUCUUGAAGAUUUCUUUUACUGCUUAGAUGUAGAGUUGGAAUAUUUUAUAAAACCAGAGCACCCAUUUGGAAUCCAGAUACAGAGGGCAUGUGAACUCUCUACUGCAUGUGUUACCAUAAUUAAGACAUGCUUCAACUAUAAGAAUGAGAACCGUUUAUGGUAUCCACCUCCUGAAGGUUUAACACCUUGGUAUUGUCAACCUGUGGUACGCAAAGGGAUUUGGAGUGUUGCUUCCGUCCUACUUCAGUUGUUAAAUGAAAUAUCUGGGCUUGAUAAAAAAGCAAAAUUAGAUUUGUAUAAUCAUUUAGAAGCACUAGCUGAAGUGCUACUCGAGGCAUAUUCAGGUGCUGUUACAGCUAAAAUUGAGUGUGGAGAAGAACACAAAGGUCUAUUAAAUGAAUAUUGGGAGAGGCGAGAUGCUCUUCUUGAAUCUCUUUAUCAACAAGUCAAAAAAUUUGAAGCUACCCAUAAGGAUUCAAUUGAAGGAGCUGAUGAGCUGAGUGAAGAAGCCAUUAUGAAGGUUACUUCACAUCUGCUAUCAAUUGCCAAACGUCAUGGAUGCUACGAAGUUAUGUGGACAAUAUGUUGUGAUGUAAAUGACUCAGAAGUACUGAGAAAUAUAAUGCAUGAAAGCUUGGGACCUAAUGGGGGAUUUAGUUACUAUGUCUUCAAGAAGCUUUAUGAAAGAAGACAAUUUUCGGAGCUUUUAAGGCUAGGGGAAGAAUUUCCAGAAGAGCUAUCCAUUUUCCUGAAGGAGCAUCCAGAUCUACUUUGGCUUCAUGAUUUGUUCCUUCAUCAAUUUUCCUCUGCUUCAGAAACACUUCAUGCACUGGCUCUCACUCAAAACAUGCAGUCUAACUCAGUUGCUGAAGAGGAAGAAGAACAGGUGUCUAUGAAGUUGAAACUAAAAUUGUCUGACAGAAAGAAUCUUUUAUAUCUCUCUAAGAUAGCUGCCUUUGCAGCUGGUAAAGAUGCUGGUACUCAGGUGAAGGUGGAUCGCCUUGAGGCUGAUUUGAAGAUUCUAAAAUUACAGGUGGAAGUAAUGAAACGUCUACCUUCCAUUGGAGAUAAGCAACUUGUUGAAGAUGAGCUGCUUCAUCCAGAAGACUUGAUUAAUUUGUGUCUGGAAGGUGAAGAGCGAGAACUGUCAUUGUGGGCCUUUGAUGUGUUUGCAUGGACCAGUUCCUCAUUUCGCAAAAUCCACAAAAAACUUUUGGAGGAUUGCUGGAAGAAGGCUGCCAGUCAGGAUGAUUGGAGUAAAUUCCAUGAUUCAUACAUAGUUGAAGGGUGGAGUGAUGAGGAAACCCUGCAAAACUUGAAAAAUACUAUUCUUUUCCAGGCUUCAAGCAGGUGUUAUGGACCCCGAAGUGAAACCUUUGAAGAAGGAUUUGACCAAGUAUUGUCCUUGAGACAAGAAAAUAUGGAGACUUCUUUUAUGGGGGAUAUGAGUUCUUCAGUUGAAACAAUAUUGAUGCAGCACAAGGAUUUCUCAGUUGCAGGCAAGCUUAUGCUAAUGGCAAUCAUGUUGGGGAGUGAGCAUGGUGGUGAUAUCAGAAUCGAAGAAUGGCCUUCCCCUAUGGAAUAGUAGGGCCAUAGAUCGUUCCUAUCCGUAAUACAAAUUAAGUUGGUGUGGUUUUGUACUAGCAUGACUUGUGGAAUGCAUUUAUUGUGUUCAUUCCUCUUUUAUAAGCAUGCAUUGUAUUCACACCUUGACCGUGGAUGAUAUUGAUGAUUCUGCUGAAUAGAAGUAACAUAUAGUACAAAUACACCAAUAUUAAAACUUAAAAGAAGAGAAAUCUUAAUGUACUCCACAGACAAUUCUUUAA